AUGCUCGUUCUUUUUUUUUUUGCAACAACUGACAACUAUCUAGUAAUGCAAACAACAGUCAACUGGUAUACCUAUGGUUCCAAUUCCACAAUAAAUGAUGUUACUUAUAGCUUGGCUUCAGUUUCACCAAAGAAAUCCUUGGAAUGUGAAUUGACUAUUGAAUUUCUUAAAAUAAUCUACAUCAUUGAUGAAGCUCCAUACGAUUCAUGGCAAAAAACCAUCGAUUCCUGCCAAACAAUCUACCAAUCUUUCGAACGAAUAUCAGGAAUACUCAUAAACCAACCAAAUUUAGAAAAUAAUGUAGCUAAUUUCGUAAAAAACAAUCGACUCAAGUACAUUCUUGAAAAUGUUAUACUUGAGAGUUUAAAGUCACAAAUUUCAAAAUGGGAUAUAUUAGUGCACAUUAAUAAUUUGUAUCCGGUAUCUUCACUUAUCGAAAUAGUCUAUGACUGGUCAAUCAUUUAUUCUGUUAAUAUCGAUGAAGAAUUAUCCAUAGUUCUAUUAUGCACAUUUCAGGUCUACAGAAAUAUUGAAGAUGAAAAAUAUAAACUGGAACUUAUGGUUAAGGAAAUCAAGCAAAGACACAGAAACCCAGGAAUACAAGGAAGAAAUGUUAACAAGGUUAUUUUAUUAAUUUUGGGUAAAGUAAAACCAACAUUCAUUUUCUUUGAACUUAUCAAACAGCUGAUAUUGUAUGCAAAAACAGAAUGUGAGAUUAACCAUUUAAUUCAAGAUUUUGCAACACUACUGGAUAAUCUAAAACAAACUGUUAAUCAAGAAAAUGAUAUUGGGUUAACAAAGAUAAAGUUAUCAAUUCAGGAGAUUAUUAUUAUUAUAUUAAAAUCAUCGUAUGAAAAGAUAAAUAGGAUAUGUUUCCAGCAAGUUCAAUCAGAUUACGAGAGUAUUUUUCAGACUUUGCUGACUGCUUAUCAAUCUCAACUUGCCAGUUCUACAAUGGUCCAAAAUUCUGACAUACAACCAUUCAUUAAUGACUAUAAUAACAAUCCAAAUCCAAGCUUAAACAGAGAAGACGCAGCAGAAUGGAUUAAUAAUGUAUUUUGCAAUUCAGAAAAUGUUGAAGAUGAUGACGAUUAUUUUGAACCUGAGUUCGAAUUGCCAAAAAUAAUGACAGAAGGUGGUAACUCUUUGGCAAAGCCUCACAGGAUAUCAUUAACUGAACAUGUUAAACGGUUAACACUGAGGGGAACUCCAAAAGACAAAUCAAAAUGGCAUUUCUGGAGAUUUGCAAAAAACAAAAGACCUUAA